CCUAUCCCGGCGACACCGGUUUCUGUCAAUCGGAGCUGUCAAAGAACCGGCGGCGACGCGGGAUAGGAGGAAGGAAGGGAGGGGGGGAGUCCUCCGCUGGCCAAUCAGCGGCGAGGGUGGGUGGCUUCCGAGGGAUCUAUUCUCCCACCCCUCCUCCAAAAUCAGGCUUCAUUUGAGGAAGCUGUGGCUGCGAUGCGGAGGAGACCUGCGAAGUCUUAGAGCACGAGUUGAUCUCUCCGCCAGCCAGUGGUCCUCAAACGGGUGGGCCUUCUUCUGGACCAGCAAUGAUUCACAGCCUUUUCCUCAUUAACUCCUCCGGAGACAUUUUCCUGGAGAAACACUGGAAGAGCGUGAUCAGCCGUUCGGUUUGCGACUACUUCUUCGAGGCUCAGGAGCGGGCGUCGGAGGCUGAAAAUGUGCCCCCGGUGAUUUCCACCCCUCACCAUUACCUUCUGAGCGUCUAUCGGCACAAGAUCUUCUUCGUAGCCGUGAUCCAGACGGAAGUCCCACCGCUUUUCGUCAUCGAGUUUCUCCACCGGGUGGUGGACACGUUUCAGGAUUAUUUUGGAGUCUGCUCUGAAGUUGUCAUCAAGGACAACGUGGUGGUGGUUUACGAGGUGCUCGAAGAGAUGCUGGACAAUGGUUUCCCCUUGGCAACGGAGUCCAAUAUUCUGAAGGAGCUGAUCAGGCCGCCGACAAUCCUCCGGACAGUUGUCAACACAAUCACAGGAAGCACCAAUGUGGGAGAGCAGCUCCCCACAGGGCAGCUCUCGGUGGUGCCCUGGCGACGGACCAGCGUGAAGUACACCAACAACGAAGCCUACUUCGAUGUGAUCGAGGAGAUUGACGCCAUCAUCGAUAAAUCAGGUUCCACAAUUACAGCUGAAAUCCAAGGGGUGAUCGAUGCCUGCGUGAAAUUGACUGGGAUGCCUGACCUCACCCUCUCCUUCAUGAACCCAAGAUUGUUGGACGAUGUCAGCUUCCAUCCCUGCGUGCGUUUCAAGCGGUGGGAAUCCGAACGCAUCCUCUCCUUCAUCCCUCCCGAUGGGAACUUCCGCCUGCUCUCUUAUCACGUCAGUGCUCAAAAUUUAGUGGCCAUCCCGGUCUACGUAAAGCACAACAUCAGCUUCCGGGACAGCAGCUCCCUCGGCCGCUUCGAGAUCACCGUGGGGCCCAAACAGACCAUGGGGAAGACGGUGGAGGGGGUACUGGUCACCAGCCAGAUGCCCAAAGGGGUGCUUAACAUGACCCUCACGCCUUCUCAGGGGACGCACACAUUUGAUCCGGUCACAAAGCUGCUGAUGUGGGACGUGGGGAAGAUCAAUCCCCAGAAGCUGCCCAGUUUGAAGGGGACGAUGAGUCUUCAGGCAGGGGCCUCCAAGCCUGAUGAGAAUCCCACCAUUAACCUCCAGUUCAAAAUCCAGCAGUUGGCAAUCUCUGGUCUGAAGGUGAAUCGUUUGGACAUGUACGGAGAGAAGUACAAGCCGUUCAAAGGAAUCAAGUACAUGACCAAGGCUGGGAAGUUCCAGGUCCGGACCUAAGAGAACAUCUGCCCAGGAGAAGACUUGUGACUUCGACUCCACCUCUGCUCUCCUCUUCCUCAUUGUUUGCUCCUUGGUGUGACCCAUCUGGAUUUCUUCUGAGACAGGCAACUUUUCCCCCCUCCUCCCCCCUUCCCGGUUUGGUCAUCCCUUCCUCCUCUAACAUCUGGAGCUUCUCCGAUGGCCGGCAAAGAGCAAAAAAGGAGACGUGGUAACUUCUUCUCUUUGGGCUUGUUGGCUUUCAACUUCAGCCAACCGUGUGCUUCUUCCCCCUCGUUGGCAGCCAGCGACAGCUGGAUCGUUUGCCCGGCUGAAACUACAGCAGGAGAGAUGCUGGAGAACCCCAAGAAGAAAAGGCACGAAUAGUUGUCUAGCUUAUUGCGCGGGAUUCUGGUUGGACUCCAAGCCCGUCCAAGUCCCAGCCUCUCUUCGCUCAGCCUGUCCUGUUUAACUGCACCAGUGUGGACACAAACGGGAAGGUUCCUUUCUCAGAUAUGGGGGUCGUUGGUAAUCUAGAAGUGGCAUUUUAGCCCAGUGUAAAUAUGCUUAGCUUAGCUGUGGUCGCCAAAUUUAUAUUUGCUGAUAAAGAAAUAAAGGGAGACUAGUAUAGAUCUAUUUCCAGCUGUUUAGCUCUCAUUACCUUAUUUCUUUUAUCAGCAAAUAUAAAUUUGGUAUAAAAGGGUUUGCCGUGAAUGUGACUGCUUGAGGGCUCCUGGAUUGGAGCUGAAAGGCGAAAGGGAAGCAGGAUGCUCCCUCCUAUAUUGGGGUAGACCAGGUACUUCAACAUUUACAUAUAUAUAUAUGUCGAAGCACCUGGUAUGUAUGUGUGUGUGUGUGUGUAUUUGUUUUCUGAGGUUUUCGCGGGUAUUUGUAUGUAGGUCUUUGGUUAUUCGGGUUUUCUCUCACGUAAAAUUGGAGGUUUCUUGGCAACGUUUCGAUGAAGUCUCAUU